UAUUCUGAGAGGUAGUACUCUGCAGGUACUACUACUCCCAGGAUGCUCCCUGGCUCCGUUGCUUCCGGGUCCAGUGUUGCCAGGGGAGAGGUGGCCUCGUCGGGGACCUGUUGGAGAUGACAGCUGAAGAAAGCGGAUUAAACAAUAAACCCCGCAGAUAGCGAAGAAACCUUCUCUCGCAACACUGUGGAAGAAAAAGGGGCACUGACCCAUGGAGUCGUUGAUCAGCGCAGUGGCGCCUCGCUCCCCAGCCAUCGUCAAGAGGCCCUCUGAGGUGGACUUCCGGUCGGGGGCCACGCUGGAGCAGCUGUCCCUGCAGGCGUCUGAGCUGGUGCUGCUGGAGCAGGGAGACUUUGGGGACCAGACGGCCCUGGAGGUCCACACGGCCAAAGACUUCAUCUUCAACAUGCUAGGUCUGGUCCAGAAGGUGGACCAGCGCCUCCCGGUGGCCAACGAGUACCUGCUGCUGUCCGGCGGCGCCCGGGAGGGCGUGCUGGACCUGAACCCCGAGGACCUGGGCGACUACGCCAAGGGCGCCGACUUCGACCUGGACUUCACCCUGCUGGUGCCGGCGCUGAAGCUCCACGACCGCAACCAGCCGGUGACGCUGGACAUGAGGCGCUCGCCGCCCUGCCACUCGUGGCUCAGCCUGAGGCUCUGCGACUCGGCCACGCUGGCCCGCUGGAGCGUCUGCUGCCAGGAGGAGAACCUGCUGCACCCGGCCGAGGACGAGGAGGAGUACGAGGAGGAGCUGGGCAGAGGCUCCGCCUCCUCGCCCGGCUCCCCCCAGUCUCUGGACGGCUGCUAUUUCUCCCCGGCGCUGGUGACGGACUGGUUCUGGGCCGUGGUGAGCCAGGCGGUGGAGGAGCUGCGGCGCAACCCCAAGAGGGGCAUCCCCGUCCCGGAGAGGCUGGAGCGCAACGGGCCCCUCACCACCAUCAUCCUCCAGGCGGGCUCCAGCCGGGUGCUGUACGACCUGGUGCCUGUGGUGUCGUUCCGGGGCUGGCCCGCCGUGGCCCAGGGCUGGCUGACGGCAAACCACUUCUGGGACGGCAAGAUCACGGAGGAGGAGGCCAUCUCGGGCUUCUACCUGCUGCCCUGCUGCUCGCCGCUGGCCGGGAGGCCCGACCGGGAGUGGAGGCUGGCCUUCUCCCGCAGCGAGGUGCAGCUGAAGAAGUGCAUCCCCUUCCCCAUGGCGCAGGCCUUCCAGGCGGCCAAGGCCGUGCUGUCCCGCCUGCUGUCGCGGCCCCGCACGGGCCUCAGCCCCUACCACCUGCGCACGCUCCUCUUCUGGGCCUGCGACCGCCUGCCCGCCUCCUACCUGUCCUCCCCCGAGACGGACACGCCCGGGCGCCUGCUGCUCGGCCUCCUGGACGACCUGGCCCACUGCAUCCUGGGCAAGAACUGCCCCAACUACUUCCUGCCCCAGUGCAACAUGCUGGAGCACCUGUCGGACGGCCAGGCCCUGCUGCUCGCCCGCAAGCUGGGCCACGUGCGCUCCGACCCGGCCGAGCACCUGCGCGCCGCCCUGGACCAGGCGCGGCAGGCGGGGCAGCUGAAGAAGGAGGCGCUGGCGGGGGGCGGCGGCGCCAACGGGCAGGCGGGGUCGCCGGGCCACGGCCCCGCCAACGGCAUCAUCUCGCCGUGCGAGGACAAGCUGGCCCAGCGGCUGCAGCAGCUGGUGACGGAGAACCCGGGCAAGUCCAUCUCGGUGUUCCUCAACCCCGACGACGUGACGCGGCCACACUUCCGCAUCGACGACAAGUUCUACUGAGGCACCCCCCCCCCCCCCCGCGCGCGGACGAGUCCCGCCGCCGCACGACUGUCCCGCCACGGCCGUCCGCUCAAAGCUCACACUGCAACACCCCCCCCCCCCCCGCGCUCUUCCCCCCCGUCUCUCUCGGAGCGCGGGCCGACGACUCUUCCGUCCCGACCCGCGUGAUCGCCAUCAGCUCGUCAACUCCGGCCGACGACCAGCGAUGCGCAUAGCGAACUCUGCUGCCGCGACCAAACAUUGCUGCUUGCCAGAAUUCUUCUUUUUUAAACCAAAAGUGUCGGUGUGUGUGUGUGUGUCCUCCGAGUGCACCCUUUAAAGAAAUAACAAAGGAGAAGACGUACCAAACCCCGCUCACAACGCAGCACAUCUCUCGCCCCAGACACCCAAUUUAGAGCACCCACCACCGAGACGGCGUCGAUCCCACCACGGUAACAAGCCGGCCUUAACGAGACCUUUCAGAUGGUGCUUUGAGACCGGGGUGCCAGCAGGGGUAAUGGGAAACGAUGGAGAAGAAACGUUGUUUGUGUGUGUGUGUGUGUGUGUGUGUGUGUGUGUGUGUGUGUGUGUGUGUGUGUGUGUUUGUUGUCUGGGUUUUGAUGAACUGUUCUCAAGAUGAAAAGGGCGAUGGACGACGCAAAGUGUCUGAAUAUCCUUUGUAUUUUAUUUUAUUUGGACCCACUCGAUAGAAGAUUGUGAAUGUAAAGAAGAAAGUUGGAGAGAAGCCAGGCUAAACGGAGGUGUGGCUGAUGCAACCCUUUGUAACGUUGGCUAAUUAUUUGACUCAAACAGGCCAACAAAGGCUGCUCUCUUUCUGCCCCCCUCUAGUUCCACUCUCCCAUUCUCCCUCUUCCCCUCGUCCUUCCUUUUUUCUUUCCUUUUCUUUCUCAGGUAUAUCUCACGUCGCCGUCCCCUGGUGUGAGUGACACCACGUGUCCUAUCGCCUCGGCCGUGACUUCCCCCCUGACCCGUUUGUUCUCUUUUUAUCUCUUCGGCCCCCCCCUCCUCUCCGUUGUGUCCUCAUUGCAUCGUACAGCGGAGUGCACCAAAGAGCGACGUCAGGGGAAGGAGAAGAACUCCACUGCUCCCCAGAGUCUUAAAGUCUUAACCGCCUCUGCCCUCCGUCCAGCUCAGUCGACCCCCGGUCGCAAUCCCAUCCCGUAGCCCGGGGAGAGAGAGAGGGAGAGGGAGAGAGCGAGGGGUUAGGGACUCCACAUAGCUAGGGCCCCAUGCCUGCUGGUAGGAGUGGCUGCCCGAGUGUUUCAGUGUCGAAUUAUUCAGUCCCUCGUGAAUCUAGACUCGUGCGCAGUAAAGAAAACGCACUUGCUCUUGAGGUAUUCUUUUUUUGUGUCUCAUUUUCUUACCUUACUAAUUCUUAUUUUUUUGGCCUAGUUUCACGUGUAAUUGCAGGGGUAGGGUUAGGGUUAGUACUGCUGAUAAUUGCCCUAUAUCGUCGGCCCGGUUGGGCUUUCUUACAGGCUGUGUGUGCGGCGUGUGUAACGUUUGUGUUUGUUUGUGUGUGUGUGUGUGUGUGUGUGUGUGUGUGUGUGUGUGUGUGUGUGUGUGUGUGUGUGUGUGUGUGUGUGUGUGUGUGUGUGUGUGUGUGUGUGUGUGUGUGUGUGUGUGUGUGUGGGGAGACCCACAGCAGGGUGCGACACGGACAGACGCCUCACACGAAAUAUCGCGCCCCCCCGAGGGACUUUUGGGCUCUGGUUGCAAUCUCGUCUCCCCAGAUGAGGGAGGGAGGGAGGGAGGGAGUGAAGGGUAGCUGGGCGGGCGACGGACGGAGCGGAUUGGGAGAGAGCAACAAGAGAGAGAGUUUGGAGGACGUUGUGUGCCUCUAGGGGGCGACCAUAUUCAGUGUCUCCCCCUCAUCCCGCUCUUUCUUACCCUCCCCCUGCUCUCUUCCCCCCCCACCUGCCUGUCGUUCUGUGUCUUUUCUGUCUGCUCGUUAUGUCUUGUACUCCUUCUCUCGUUCUGUCCUCUCUUCCCUUCCAGUCGUCAUCUUAUCUCUGUGUCCCUUCCUUUACCCCCUCCCUCUUUCUCGCUCUCUCGCGCUCCUUUUGUCACCUCAAAUUGGCCUAAGCUUUUCCCCUGCGCCGUCAUUAUUUGGCUUUCGUCGUGAUCUGCUAGUCGCUCUCUUGACCAGCCUAUUACCGUUCUAUCCAGUGGUAGAGUCUCGUUGCUGCCUUGCUCGAUAGCGUUGAGAACCCCCUUUCUCGGUCAGCGAUGUUGACCGAUACAUACCGACACAUACACACACAUAAAAAAGGAUGUUGUUGGCUUAUGUUGAUCCACUUAUUGUAACGGGCUGAAUGGACCGCUGGCUACUGUGUUUUAGUGCGUUUAGUUGCAACCAUGCUGGGUGUAAGCUAGCUUGUAACCAGGUUGUAUUUCUCCUGGGUGCGCUACGAUGAGUUCGGCUGACCAGUGGCUGGAUCGGACUGCUUCUGUAAUGUCGGUACUUUUUCAAAAUGAUGGUUUUUAAAAGCGUGUGCGUGUUUUAUUACUGAGAAUUUUUAAUCAGGUGGUCGACGUUAUCUCUGAAGGCUACUGGCACUGUGUGUGUGUGUGUGUGUGUGUGUGUGUGUGUGUGUGUGUGUGU